ACCGCUAGUGUAAUAACUCUUGUUUAUCGCGUGUACACGGAACGAUUGUAUAGUUGUGUAGAUUUUACAGCAGAUUUUCAGACGUAGACUUUCUCCCAACUGGAUCCUGCUUUUGAGGGGGUAUGAUCUCUGUCUUCUUCAUAUGGGGUGCAACGCUUCUUGCGUUUGGUAGCAGCAGCAAAGUCCUGGAACAUUAUGUAAACAACGGACGAUCGGAGUUUUGCUGUUACUAUUUCUACAACGAAACAGUCUCGAUGUUCAGCCACAACUACCACGAUCACUAUAACCCGACGACCGUUUGCCAGUACAAUAUCGAUGUGAAGUACCCUCCAGAGCUUGAAGACAACUGUGAUCUUGCUCUCUGCAUCAAGAACCUUAACCUGGACGCUGGAGACUCCAUCAAGAUCAACCACAGAGACAUCCAGGUUGAAUACCGAGGAGACAAAACACCGAGCUAUCCUAUUCGAAUCUGGGACCACAAGGUGAGCUUCUGGUUCGCAAGUGACAGGGUUGACAUUAAGGACGAAGCUAGCUGGGCUAUCACUUACACCUGCUUGAAGAGGGGUGAGGAUCACGAUCUGUGCAACAUUUGUGAUGAAUUGAACAAAAAAGCAGUUCUGCCAGAAGAUGAGACAACCAAUUGGUACAGGAUCUGGGCUUAAAUGAAACUUGUGAUCAUGCCAAGUUGGCUGAUCAGUUGUCAUGAUGCCAACUGUUGAUUGCUAAAACGAACAGUAUUAUAGAGUACAGCACCUAAAUUAAAAUCUAUUAUAUUCACAAAUUCUAGCCCACAACAUAUUUUAUUGUAACAAUAACGAAGUAGAGUAAAAUGUUUGAUAGAAUGUCAGACGUAAUAAUAAUAGAGUCACGUUUAUGUAAAUUAGAUUUAUUCGAUAAAUUUAAGUUCGUAUAAAUUAGUUUUGUUCAAUAAAUUUUGUUAGCUAUACAGUUUUGAUAAAUUGAUAAACUUUGUUCGGACGGUAA